UGAAGUCAUCGCUCGUGUUGUGUACGGCUGUUUGAGAAACCAUAAGGGCAGAAAACGGAGUGUGGUUGCGCUCUUAUUUCGGUUAUUAAUAGCUGGUGAUAUUGAGGAAGUAGGUCGGAGUAGUAGCUCGUUUCUCGGAACCAGGGCCUGUCUAAAAAAAAUGAAAGAAACAGCUUGUAUUAGCAAGCGCAAUGUCUUCGUUGAAAUCUUGCGUAGUCGGUUAGCUAGCUGUUGACAACUAGCUAGCUAGCUAACAAGAAGUUCUAGUGUGUAUCGAGAAUACUUUUUUUGUACCUGUAAAUGGGACUAAAGCACAAAAUACUGUCAGGAGUGCUUACUUAACCUUUUAUUUAUAGAUAAAAAGUUUAUCAGACACUGUUUGACUUGUUAAUUAGCGAGUGGCUAGCUAACAGCGCCGGAGUCCACCCUGUCCAUACAGGUACAUGCUGUUGGACUCCUGCAGUGUCCAGCGUUAUAAAGCGACUUCUGUGAUAGAUAGAUAGAUAGAUAGAUAGAUAGGAAGAGAAGAGCCGUGCUGGAGUGUUUGUUCAUGAGGACGGAAUAAUGCAGUGGCUGUGAGGGAGCUCCGCUUCCGGCCUCAGUGCUGCCUGUGCUGGAUGUAGAUGAUGCGGAUGCCCUGGAUCAUUACUGCCAUUAAUCGAAGAAUUAUGAAACUCCUCGUCGCCCUCGGUCUCAUCGCGUACAUCGCCUCUGUCUGGGGAGCCUACACCAACAUGAGGUCGAUUCAGGAGCAUAGUGAGCUGAAGAUUGAGCAGAGGAUAGAGGAGGCUGUUGCACCUUUGAGAGAGAAGAUUCGGGAUCUUGAGCUCAGUUUAACACAAAAGUAUCCACCUGUGAAGUUUCUCUCUGAGAAGGAUCGCAAGAGGAUUUUGAUCACUGGCGGUGCAGGCUUUGUGGGCUCCCACCUGACUGACAAACUGAUGAUGGACGGUCAUGAGGUGACUGUGGUUGAUAACUUUUUUACUGGCCGCAAGCGCAAUGUAGAGCACUGGAUUGGCCAUGAGAACUUUGAGCUCAUCAACCAUGAUGUGGUGGAACCGCUCUAUAUUGAAGUGGAUCAGAUCUAUCACUUGGCCUCUCCUGCAUCACCUCCCAAUUAUAUGUAUAAUCCCAUCAAGACUCUAAAAACCAACACGAUUGGCACUCUUAAUAUGCUUGGGCUGGCGAAACGUGUGGGUGCUCGACUACUUCUUGCAUCCACGUCAGAGGUUUACGGAGAUCCGGAGGUGCAUCCUCAGAAUGAAGACUACUGGGGUCAUGUGAACCCAAUCGGACCAAGGGCUUGUUAUGAUGAAGGGAAGCGUGUGGCUGAAACUAUGUGUUAUGCGUACAUGAAACAGGAAGGGGUGGAGGUGCGAGUAGCACGGAUCUUCAACACGUUUGGUUCUCGCAUGCAUAUGAACGAUGGGCGGGUGGUUAGUAACUUCAUCUUGCAGGCUCUACAGGGCGAGCCCCUAACGGUUUAUGGUUCAGGCUCGCAGACCAGAGCAUUUCAGUACGUGAGUGACCUUGUGAAUGGUCUUGUGGCCCUGAUGAACAGUAACGUCAGCAGCCCUGUUAACCUGGGAAACCCUGAGGAACAUACCAUAUUGGAAUUUGCUCAGAUGAUUAAAAGCCUGGUUGUGAGCCGCAGUCAUAUUCAGUUCCUUCCAGAAGCACAAGAUGACCCUCAGAGACGGCGGCCAGACAUACGCAAGGCAAAAAUGCUGCUCGGCUGGGAGCCUGUGGUGCCAUUGGAGGAGGGACUGAACAAAACUAUUCAGUAUUUCAGCAAGGAACUGGAACAUCAAGCCAAUAAUCAAUAUAUUCCCAAACCCAAGGCCGCUCGUAUGAAGAAAGGCAGACCAAGACACAACUAGAGAACAGACUUUUUCCUCUCAGGGAUGCUGGGACAGGGCUCGUGUGUCCUCUAGCAGCCAUUUCACAUUGAGGUAUUUUCCCCCCUCAUAAACCGGGUGAUUUUGGUAUUCUUUUUUUUCCCCCUCAGUUUUUGGAAAAGCAACUCUGAUGAGAACUGCCUCUUUUUGUGCUCGCUUUUCAAAUGUGUGCCUCAGAAAAAAAAAAGAAGAGAAAAACUAGACGCUAAAUACCAUGUCUUGCACUUUGGAUUUUAUCAGUUGCCUCUUAUUUAAGAAAAUUGAAUUGCUUUGUGCAUUUAUGCCAUGCGGUUUUGUUUGAUGUGGACACUUUUUACCUUCUUUGUUUCAGCGUUGAGAUUUAUUAUGGAGCGUAGUGAUAUCUACUUUAUUUAUCUUGAAUGUGCUACAGUGGGACGUCUGCCGCUAUUUAUGAACAAAAGAGAAAACCAUGUGAAACCUGUUUCUGCUUUAAUGUAAUUUUGAGCCAAGUCUACUGUUGCCAUCGUCACACUUUAAAGAGAACUCUUAUGCUUUUUCUGAUUUCAGGUGAAAAAGGAUAUUUUAAUAAAAUAUUUACAUUGUUCAUUA